UAUCAAACGCUAAACCUCCUAAAGACUACUUGGGUUCAUCAAAACAAGCAACUUUUAUAUUACGACUUUUUGUGAUUCGGUAGUUUUAUUUUCAUAUAAAAAAAUUACAAUCUAACUUGCGAUUCACCACAUCUUAACUCUAUGUAACAGCCAAGCAACACGAGACAGUACCGUAGCGUUAUGUAGCGGAAUCGAACAUAGAGGAAGGUUAUGCGUUAGAUACCAGUAACCCUGUAUAGUAUAUGGACCGAAGCUUUGAUCUUUGAUCGUAGAAAUGAACCCCCAACCUAAUUCCAUGGAGUAUAUGUGCCUCUGUACUGUACCAUAAUGUGGGCUAAGAGCACAUUAUACUUCCACCCAAUAUUAAGUUUGUGAGUGAGGAUGUUUGUUACACAAUGAAGAUAAAUCUACGACAGAUUUUGAUCAAAUUUGAUACCCACACAGUCCAACAUCUAAGUUACAUCUGCAUCUACGAGCUAUCAGUGUUAGUUGCACUGCAAGCAACCAGCUUGACACACAAAGAUUCUGGACUUAUCUACCAGUUGUACCAAGCAUCGCAGAAUGCAAAUUACAUCCAUAAACCACAACAAACAAGAUUGACACAGCAGCCAUCAAGUUUGAUAAGACAGGACGCGAAAUUCUUACAUCAUGAAACUAAAAGUUUUCUACGCCAAGAUUCAAGUUUAACUUACCAGGACGUCAGUUUGACACACCAAGAUGGCCGCCAGUCGACAAGAUUGAUACACCAGUUAAACCAAAAAGCAGGUGUUGUGCAUCAGUCAGACAUGGUGUCAAGUUUGACUCAUCAGACUUACCAGGACGCGAGGUUCAGCUUCACGUCAAUAAUGGACUCGAUUACAUUACCUUCUCUCCCAAGUCUACCAGCUGUGUUCACAGGUGGCGCUACUAAAUGCCAGGCGCUCAAAAGUUUAUUCGGCUUAACUUACGAACAGAUGCUUGAGAAGAACUCGACAAAAAUUAAUGAAAUUCUCACAAUAGAUUUGAUUACGAAAGAUGGUAAUGAAAAGUACAAUUUUACGUCGACGAAGCGAUUGGCGCAGGUUUUGAAAGAGGCGAGGGAGAUUGUAGUAUUGGUACAUGGAUUUUUGGAGAGUUCUGACGGCGUGAUGGUCCAGGCGCUGGCCACGGAGUUUUUGAAGAAAUCUGGUUUGGAGAUCCUAGCCUUGGACGGGAGGAAAAUCAUCAAUCUCGAGUAUUUCCGAUCGACCACGUAUGCUCGCUUCAUGGGAGAGAAACUGGGCCAUGUGCUCAGCGAUCUUGUAAAAGAAGACAUAGAUCCAUCAAAGUUCACCUUAAUCGGCCACAGUCUUGGCGCGCACAUCGCAGGAAUAGCUGGUUCGCAAGUCUACCAACUGGUCGACAAACAAGUCGGCCGUGUGAUCGGGCUGGAUCCCGCUGGCCCCUGCUUCGCUAACGUCAGUGCUGGCAAUAGAUUAGACAAGACUGAUGCAGAAUAUGUUGAUGUUAUACACAGCAACGCUGGCAUACUGGGCAUCAAUGAAGCCGUCACAAGGACUUCUACCCCAGCGGCGGGAAGUCGCAGCCCGGCUGCCUGCUGUCCACCUGCGAUCAUAGCAGGGCUUGGCAGAUCUUCGCUGAGUCCAUCAACGCACCUGAUCAUUUCCCUGCUCGCAAAUGCGCCAACUGGACCGCCUUUAAAGGCGGUCUCUGCGAGAAGAAUGAAGUAUCCUUCAUGGGUAUAUCCUCGGAGAAAGGCGGCCCAGGCCAGUACUACCUGAAUGUAGCCUCGACGUCUCCUUAUGGGCAGGGGCCCACCGGGAGCGGGUAAAAUAUAGUGUUAUAUUCAUUUGUUUAUUUGGUUUCUAUCAAUAGUUCGGGUAUAGGUACAGAGAGACAAUUAUUAUAAAUUAGUGUAAACCAAAGCACAGUAAAAUACAUUAUUACAAACAUGAGCGCUGAAAACACAACAAUCGAUUUUUGUGCACUUGUGAAAGAAUACAACGAAAACGCCGUCCCAGUCUAGCGCUAAUCACAUAAAUCCUUGUCUGCCUGUGAGCAGCGGGUUACUAUAUUAUUUUUAUUUACCUAGCUUUAUUAUUGUAACACCAUAAUCACAUCGUCAAGAUAAAUAAUCUUACAAGUUAAACUAAUAAAAUAUUUAUAUUAUUCGUCAUUAUCAAUCGG